AUGGAGCCUUCGAAGGCGCCGGCACUGCUUUUGCAUGCAGAAACAAUUCUGCCUCAAUCCAUACACCCGCAUCUGCUGGCCUACUGCCCUACGAUGGACUUGAUAGCCGUCGUCACUAAAGAGGAGCAGCUCGACGUCUACCGACUGAGCGGCCAACGAGCCUUCGGCCUCAAGCGUAAAGGCCAGAGCACCGUCGACAGUAUUUGUUGGAAAUUCAACGGUCAAUAUAUUGCAGUCGCAUGGAAUGAUGGCACCGUCGACGUGCUAUCUUCAGAGAGCGGAAAAGCUAUUCGUCAUGGCGUUCAAGAGAUGCUCAGUGGAACUUCCGCUGGUGCGUCCAUCCACUCUAAGAAGAUAUCCUGUCUUGGCUGGGGUGUAAAUUUCAUCGAUGUCCAAGCUGUCAAGGCUCGUACGAAUGGCUCGACCACAGCCGCCAGCGGAGUCCAUAGACAGCACAUGACCGUGGAAGCCUGGGGCGAUACCGAGAAAGAAGACGUAACGCUCGACGACUUCCUCGACCGGCAGCCGGAUCUGGAGAAACUGGGCAUUACUCCCGACCUUCCGAAGCAACUAGCUCUGAUGGACGUCGAGAGUGUCCUACCGAAGCUGCCUAUGAUACCGCCGCCGCCAUUGUCAGGAGCAAGAGUACCUAUGACAGUCAAAGGUCCAGCGGAGGUCUUUACCAGUCAGGCUUCGAUCGACGCUUUACUGCACUCGCGUCAUUUGAGAGACCACAAUGCCGUCGACGUGCUCAUGCUUUGCUACGAAGACGGCACCGUCAGUCCGAUGAUGUAUGAUUAUCUAGCCAUCGGCGGCGUUGGGUUGCCUGCGGAGUGGAACUUGUUCGACUGCCGGCCCCUUCAGCAUGCCUCCCAUCCGUUCGCAUGUAGCCAUCAGAUGCUCAUGGAGGUCUCAAAAUCCACUCUCGCCGGCGAAGCGGCGUCCUCCGCAGCAUCCCACCGACAGCGACAACAAGCCCCCGGCGCCUACGAUGGUGCGAGCAUGAGUAGCACAAGCCAUGCGGCAAAGUGUCUGGCUCUGGUGCCGCUUACCCUAGGCUUCAUCCAGUCCGCAGGGAUCUAUCUUGAUCUAAUCGCCUCCAAGACCGCUCAUUUACAGAAUCUCCUCCGCUACGUUGACGAAUGCCUGCGGUGUCUCAGCGCCUACUGGCUGCAUUCCCAAGACCUGCCAUCGCGGUUCAUGAGCAAUAUCAACGAGACGUUGGCCGAAAAGGACGAGGGCGACCUCGUCACUAAUCUCUACCAUGGCCACAAACGUUGGGACCACAUCGUCUCCGCCGGCUACACCCUCGUCAUACAACUCGUGCUAGAGAACCUACUGCCGGCACUCGACGGAUGCAACAUGGCAAUCUCGCGCCUCCGCGGCCUAGCGACCUACCAUGCCGACUCGCCAUCACUGAACCUGAACGUUUCACCCCAGAACCUCACCACCCUGCUCGAGACGAUCAAGUGCUUGCAGCUGCUGUGCCACAACGUGCUCAUCUAUGCUGGCGAAGAGAGGAGACAGUUCAAGGCGUUUAGCAAGUGGCUGAGGCACGAGAUCGAUGUGCAAGCUACCACCUCUGAGCCGUCGCCCGAGGAGGAGGAGAAGGAUCCGGGGAUCGAUUAUGCGGCGCUGUUGCGGUAUAUCGAUGGCGGACUGACGAGGAGUAAACUUGGUCCGUUCCUUGGGAGGCUUGGCUCUGGUUCGGAGGGGCAGACGGAGGAGCUCGGGUACGAGGUCGUUGGGAAGGCUGCGGAAAUGCAUAAGGAGGAGACGGUAGCUGAGAACGAGGCGUUGAAUGUUCGAAGCGUGUAUGAUGGUCUUCAGAGACAAGCGAGCGGAGUCUUCAGGCAGGUCACCGCAUGGCAGAUGUCAGGUUGCAGAAUCGGCGGCGGUCUAUUCCUGGAAGAGGACGAGAUCAGUGCAAGUGACGUGAGGAUGGUACAUGAGGGUCCUGUAAGCCAAGAAGACGUGACCACCUUCGCCGCCCUCAUACCUAGCACGCAGAAGACCCAAAGUAAGCUCCCCAAUCUUCUCGACUUGACAGCCAGUAGCUCACCCCGCCAAGUACGCCUCCACUACAUCCUCCACGCCUCAAACAUCUCCGACACCUCCACCUCCAUCCGCUCCACAGAGGCCCUAGUUCUCCAGCUGCCCGAAGGCGGCGAGAUCAGAGACCUGAAAUUCGCAGACGACGACGCGCUCCUAGCGCUCUUCAGCACCAAAGAAUCCACCCUCCUCCUCUCUCUCCCCUACCGCCCCACCUCGCCCACAAACCCAAUGGCACCGCUCUACGCGCCCCGCCACCAGCGCCCCAUCACGCCCUCCGCACCCGCAGCCUUCGCGCUGCCGGAAGGGGCCGCGGACGAUGUAAAGCUGCGCCCCGUCUGGCAUCUCGAGGGCGAGGAGCUAAAGGGGUUCGUGAGGCAUGUGUUUCGGAGCGACGAGGGAUUUGUGCCGGUCAGGCUGGAGGUUAAUGGAAGGAGGGAACGGCGGGUUGUCCUGGUGUGUGAGGCGGAGGGAAGGAGGUGGAGGGUUUACGAUUUGGAUCACGGGGAGGGGGAGGAGAGUAUAGUGGAGGAGGGGGCAGGGGGGGAUGGGGAUGGGGAUGAGGAGAUGGGGUAG